AUGCCUGCCAGCGACCCGCACACAGAACAAUCUGAUGCAGCUGACUACGUCCCACUGGGCGCAAUCGAAAGACUCAAGCGCUACCGGAUGGGUGGCUAUCAUCCAGUGGAUAUCGGCGAUAUCCUCGGGGGCCACUAUCGCGUUAUGCACAAGCUAGGUUUCGGCGCGUACUCGACGAUAUGGCUGGCGCGUGAUGAAAGGACCGAGAAAUAUGUCGCCGUCAAGGUCGGCACCGGAUACUCGCAUCCACUCGAAGUAGACGUGAUCGCGUGCCUGCAGACCUCUCAGACCUUCGACAUCAGUAUCGUCAGAUCGGUGAUUCCCCCUGUCUUGGACGCAUUCGAGGCCCACGGACCCAAUGGCAAGCACCCUUGCUACGUGACUACUCCUUCAGGUGCAAACUUGAAGCGUGCUAAGACGAGCUCUCACAAUGGGGGUUUCCGACUGGAUGUUGCUCGGGCGAUGGCGGCUCAACUUGCGAUUGCCGUCACGCACAUCCACGAGAAGGGCUAUGUCCACGGCGACGUCCGUCUUGCCAACAUGGUCCUUCGGUUGCCAUUCGACAUCAAUCAACUUUCCCUCGAAACUCUCUACAGGAAAUAUGGGGAGCCCAUGCGCAUCCCUGUCGUUGGUGCGGAUGGUCAGCCACUGACUCCUGCGGGUCCCACCGAUUGCAUUGUGCCUGUGUGGCUUGGGAAGACCAGUGAUCAGAUCAUGCUUCCCGAGGCGAAAAUAAUGCUCAUAGACUUUGGAGAAGCAUACCUGCCCUCUCUUCAAUCGCGAUACACAUCGAACGCUCCUCCAGCAUACCAGCCACCGGAAGCUCUGUGGGAUCGUCGGACGCCAAUGACGUUUCCAUCCGAUAUCUGGACAUUAGCUUGCUCGCUGUGGGAUAUGGUUGCUUGGUUCCCGUUGUUUAAGAGUUAUUUCUCCAAGGAGAAUGACGUGACAUCUGAGCAAGUCGCCAUACUGGGAAGAUUGCCCACUGGGUGGUGGUCCGCAUGGGGAAGGAAGAACGAUCGGCUACGCCGGCGAUUCAACAAACACGGCAGACCAGUAGACGCCGUGUGCUACCCAGACUGGGAGACAAGAUUCGAAAACGCCGUGCAGCAGCCACGACGGGAAAGGGGUAUGAUGACAAUGGAACCGGAGGAGAAAGAUGCCUUUUUCUCGCUGCUACGAUCGAUGCUUGUGUUCCGCCCCGAGGGGCGCAUCACUGCAAGACAGGUUCUGGAGUCGGAGUGGAUGGUGCAGUGGGCUCGGCCCGAAUAUGAGAGAGUCCUCCACGGGGGGUAA